CAACUUCGUGCAGAGUUAGAGAAAAUGUCCUCAGAAGGAACAGAAAGUGUAGUUGGGAGUGAGGUGAUGCCCUUGGACUAUGGGAGCAUGGACGCAGAGAGUAGUCCAUCUCCAUCUAGUUCGGAGAAAAUGGUGGAGGGGGUGAGAGGAGAUGAGGUGGUGGAGGUUGGGGAAAAAGAGAUGGUUAGGGUAGAUAGCAUACCCAUCACCGUAGUAGAAGUAGAGGCGGGACUCAGGUUUCCACUUCCUCAGUUGCUAGUGGGUUUACUGUUAGAUUAUAACAUAGGGUUGACACAGUUGGUCCCCAAUGCAAUGAGGGGGGGUAGUAGGAGGGAUAAGGGGUGGUAUUAUUUCACCUCGAGGGUAGCUAGUAAGGAGAGUAGGUCGUUGUUUACGGCGGGUCCUUCAUCCAUUAAAGGAUGGAAGGAGAAAUUCUUUUUUGUAAAUGAUACGGAGUGGGGGAAAGGGGAUGCCGAGUUCUUGAACACUGCUGGAGGAGCGGCCAUCCCCAAGAAGCCACGGAAGAAGUCAAAGACUUCAACCAAGCAAGUGGAUGAGGGGAGGGUAAGGAAGGAGGUAGUGCCCACGAUCUCAGCUGAGGUGGAGGAGGAAGUGCCACAGUUGAAGAGAAAGGGGUGGGAGGAGAGGAGGGCACUGCAGAAGAAGCAGAGGGUGGUGGAGGAGGAGACGGGGAAUGAGGUCCUUGUGUUCGUACCUCAGCCUUCUCCUGUUGAGUUGGACCCUGAGCUCAGACAAUUGGAGGAGGGGGCUGAGGUACGAGCUCCUGGUAAGGGAAAGGGCCCUAUUCCCCCACUGGGGCCUCAGAGCAGCCUGUUCGAGGCCAAGAACAUAACGAGGGCUAGGUGGUUCAUCAACAACACCUUCCCCGAAGUGGAUCAAUACAACGCGCAGGAGGAAGCUCUGAGGUAUGGUGGAGCGUCCAUGGUGAAGCAUGUUCUAGAGAGCGCGAGCUGGGUGAAUGGUCUAGCCCAGGAAUUCAGGGAGAGCCUGAAGGAUCGUGCACUCUUGCAGAGGCAGCGGGACCAGCUGCAGAAGGAGAAGGAGGAGUUGGAGAAGAAAAAUAAGGAGCUGCAAAAGUCUCUGAACGAGGUGGUUCCAACUGUUUCACAGUUGGAGCAGGAGAGGGCUUCCCUGAGCACCAAGCUCGUUUUUGAGGAGAGCAAACGAAGGAUCGCUGAAAGCGAGCGUGAGGCUCAGGCGCAAGAAAUGAAGCUGAUGACAGAGGCAUUCAAGGAGCUGAAGGGGAACAUGCGGAAGUUGGUGCAUAAUGGGAUGAAAGAGCACAUCAGCAACUUCAUCAGUUCCAGCUCAUUUGAUAGCAUCGUCAACUUGUACCGGCUGCCCACUGCCAUCAUUGCUUUCACAGACUGCAGAAAGAAGGUGAAGGCUGAAUAUCCCGAAGUGGAUGUGACAAAGAUCACCUUUGGCGAGCAAGAAGAAGGAGUGGAGGAGGAUGGCGAGAGCAUGUCAACAGACUUCCGUCCUCAGAUUAAGCUGAGGUGGGAGGAUGAUGCAGACGGUCUUGCUGUUUUUCGUCCACAGUUCGACUUCGAGUUCGUUGCAGUGGAGGAAGAAGUGGCAGAGGUAGAGGAGGACGAGAUGGAGGCAGGAGUGGAGGGAACUGAAGUGGGUGAGAUCCAACCAGUUCCAGAAGUGGAGAUUCAUUCAGUUCCCUCAGACGAUGAGCAGCCUCCUCUGUCGGACAAGCAGCAGCCAACUCAGCCACCUCCUCCAGCUGAGCAGGAGCCAGUGGAGCCACCUCUCCCAUCAGAGAAAUAAUUUUGUUUUUUGAUUUUUUGUAAAGA